ACAGCCGUCCCCGGGUGAUUUAAUUUGGCUGGGGGAGUUUGUUAAGAGGCACUGUCUGGCAUGGGUAUCUUCUCUGCUAAGUCAGUCCGCAGACAGAGCUUGAUUAGCGCUGUGAGGAAAAUCUUCACAGCCUUUAUCAUCGUCUUUCACUUUCUCUGACUACUUCAGGCCGGUUUCUCCCUUCCUUUAUUCUGUGUGCAAGGAUGGGAAGGGAGUCGCCAAUUACGCUCAUUUAGCUGCUUAUUUUGAUUAUUUCCUCUGAUUAAGGCUGUAUUAUUCUGACUAUGGAGCCUGCUCAUAUGGGGAAUAUGUUGAAGGGUUCCCUUUCGGAGGGCCCCUUCACAGAAGCCGCAAUUGUUCCCUCAGUUGGAGGGACAGCGAGCUUGAGCCUUUUGGCUAAUGUUAAUGAAGAAGGAGCAACUGUGAGCCAGGAGACUCCUGUUUUGCCCGCCCCUCCGCCCAAAAAAGCAGCUACAAUAGAGCUUCCAUUCUGUGGACUAAAGAGCUUGUUAAGCUGAUACCUCCAGAAAAUCUUAAACUCCGCCAGGGUUUAAAUAAAUUGGCCAGAGCUUCUGCCCUUAUGGCAGACUCAGGUCUGGACUGCAUACAGCACGCCUCUCGUGCCAUGGCAGCCGGGGUGGCACUGCGCAGAGAGUUGUGGUUAAAAAAAAAAAAAAUUGACGGGUAGAUGCCAAGUCCAAGGUCACCUUGGCUGCUACUCCCUUUCAAGCCAAAAGGGCCAUCAAGGAUGUGUCUCAGGAGACUGGCACACCUUCAGCCGCUGGCUUUGAUCAGGAAGGUUUUCCAUCAACCUCUAUUUCAGCAGCCACUGUACCUUUUCCACCAUUUUAAAAAGAUGUUGUGUUUGCAGAGUGGGGUGUGCCGGGGGCCACUAAACCUGCCAUAUCCUUCCCAAAAAAUUGUAUGCCUUACCUCCUGAUAUAAUGGCUCUUUUGACAGUUCCUGUGGUGGAUGGACCUGUGGCCCAGCUGGUAACUGGGGCUCUGGUGAACAAGGAGGGAGAUGACCUUCUUAAGACACCAGAGGAAAAGAAAGUGGAUCAUCUGCUACGUAAGGCUCAUGAGGCAUCUGCAACUGUCAUAAGGGCAGCUGCCACUAAUUCUAUUUUCGCUAGAGCCUCCAUUUUGUGGACUAAGGAGCUUGUUAAGCUGGUACCACAAAAGAAUUUAAAACUCCACCAGGGUUUGAAUAAGUUAGCCAGAUCGUCUGCCCUUAUGGCGGACUCUGGUUUGGACUGCAUACAGCACGCCUCUCGUGCCAUGGCAGCAGGCGUGGCAAUCCGCAGAGGUUUGUGGUUGAAAAAUUGGAGGGCAGAUGCCAAGUCCAAGGUCACCUUGGCGUCUACUCCCUUUCUGGGGGGGAAGUUAUUUGGUGAAUCCUUGGAUCCUAUUUUAGUGGACACAAAGGACAAAAAGAAAACCAUGCCAGUUGGGCGUGGUAAUUCAAGGAGGAUUUUCAGGGGAAAUAACACCUUCCAGAAUGCCUUUUGUUCCUUCAGAACUUUCAAUAGACCUGCCAAUACAGGGUUUAGAGACAGCUACCAAGGAAGAGAUGAUCGUGGAUCUUCCUUCAGGGCUAACUGGUGUCACCCCUGGAAUAACAGGCAGAUAAUCGGGAAGAGCACGUGCUGGAGGUUAUGUCAACGCACAAAACCGUAAGCAAUGACGCGAUAUCGGUGGGGGGCAGGCUUCUGGAAUUCGCAGAAGCCUGGGUGCACAGCACCACGGAUCAAUGGGUGUUGAGAACAGUAAAGCACGGCUAUGUUAUAGACCUUGUGGCAACUCCUCCCGAUUUUCUUUUCUUAACACCUGUCCCCAAGGUGAGGUCCAAGAGACUGUUGAUGGGCCAAAGCAUCCAACACUUAUUAGACAUCCAUGCGAUAGAACUGGUUCUGUUGCUGGAAUUAUGUGUAGGUGUCUUUUCUCUUCUCUUUUUGGUGCCCCCCCCCCCAAAAAAAAGACGACUCCUGGUGCGCGAUUCUGGAUUUGAAAAGAUUAAAAUCAGUUUGUGCAAAAAUGCACAUUUCGAAUGGAGUCUUUAAGGACAAUAAAGGCAGCCGUACACCCGAGCAAUUACUUGUCCUCGAUAGACCUUUCAGAGGCGUACUUACAUGUACCGAUUCAUUCUGCCUCUCGCCAAUACCGGAGGUUUGUUUACAAUCAGAGACUGUUCCAGUACAGGGCUCUACCCUUCGGGUUGUCCUCAGCUCCUCGCGUAUUCACCAAACUCAUGGUGGCAGUGAUAGCUUACAUGCGCUUGCGGGGGAUCCAUGUUUACCCGUAUCUGGACAGCUUGCUCGUGAGAUCUCUGUCCUACAAUCAAGCCUCCAAGGACAUAGCUCAGGACGUCCAGAUACUAGAGGAUCACGGGUUUGUCAUCAACCGUACCAAGAGCCACCUAAACCCAUCUUGUGUACUCCAGCACCUGGGAGUUGUUUUCGACAUGAGAUCGGGCACUGUUUCUCUCCCAACGGACUGACAACAGAAGAUUGCCUCACACAUCAGGCCAUGGCUGUCCAGGAAAUGGGGUUCCCUCAUGUCUCUGGCUCAACUCAUGGGCUCAGUGAUCGCCUGCCUAGAAUGCACGCCCUGGGCCAGGUGGCAUUCGAGCCCACUUCAAUGGUUCUUGCUUCCUUAUCAGGAAGCCAUUAUGGCAAAGAAGCAGAUAAAACUUCGCUUACCACGGAAGGUCAGGAAUUCUCGCCUUUGGUGGCUGUCGCCGGCGAUAGGAAAGUAAAUACUUCUGGAAACUCCCCAGAGGAUUGUGGUGACGACAGAUGCCAGCCUCUCUGGUUGGGGGGCCCACUGCCUGGCACAUCAUGCGCAGGGGUUGUGGGUUCAGAAGGAUUUGGAGAACAACAUCAACUGGCUAGAGUUGAAGGCAAUUCUAUUAGCUCUUCUGCAGUUCCGUGAUCUGUUGAUAGGGAGACAUGUUCUGAUAAGGACAGACAACGUGACCGCAAAAGCUCACGUAAAUCACCAGGGUGGCACAAGAUCAAGGCCCCUCAUGCAGGAAUCCAACUUACUAUCCGCAUGGGCGGAAAUUCACCUACACUCCAUGACGGUGGAACAUCUGAGCGGCACGGAGAAUCUACAAGCGGAUUGGCCAGCCACCAAGCGGUGGAUCCAGCAGAGUGGGCCCUGCAUCUGGAAGUCUUCAAGGAAAUUGUCCACAGGUGGGGUUGUCCACAGCUGGACCUCUUCGCGUCACAGGAAAACGCCAAACUACCAAGGUUUUUCGCAAGAUAUCUAACUCCUCACGCAGAAGAAGUGGAUGCUCUCACGUCUCCCUGGCCACGGGGAUUACUUUAUGCCUUUCCCCUGACUCCAAUCCUGAGCUCGUUCCUAUUAGAAGAAGCAGAAGCCGUUUUGAUAGCUCCUUAUUGGCCGCGAAGACCCUGAUUUUCUGACCUCCUGAGUCUCUCAGUCCAACCGCUGUGGCCUCUUCCCCUAAGGAGAGAUCUACUAUCAGAAGGACCUCUAUGUCAUCCGGAUCUGGUCUGGCUACGCCUUCACGCAUGAAGGUUGAGCGCAUUACCCUAGAUUCCAAGGGAUAUUCCCGCCAGGUGCAAGACACUAUCAUAGCGUCAAGAAGGCCGUCCACUUUGCACAUUUAUCGGGUUACCUGAUCAGCCUUUUGUUCCUGGGGGCGGAAGCAGGAUUUUGUUCCAUCCUUGGCGGGGGUUGCAGAGGUGCUGGGGUUCCUUCAAGCAGGUCUUGAGAAAGAUCUGUGUCCCAGCACAUUGAGGAGGCAAACUUCAGCCUUGUCCUCAGUCCUGGAUUUAGCGGUGCCUGGUUCAUCUUCCUUGCACCCUCAUAUUAGACGUUUUCUAAGGGGAGUGAGCAACUUGGCUCUGCCUCCCGUACAUAGGUUUCCCUCCUGGGAUUUGAAUUUAGUUUUAAAUGCUCUUACUAAGGCUCCAUUCGAGCCUCUUCGUUUAGCUCCCUUGAGAAUUUUGUCCUUUAGAGUCUUGUUUCUUGUGGCCAUCACCUCGGCACGAAGGGCUCCUGAACUAGCUGCCCUCUCUGUGCGCAAUUGGCUAUGCAUUUUUCAAAAGGAGUGUGUUGUUUUUGAAGUUGGAUCCCACCUUCUUACCCAAGGUUAAUUCCAUUUUUCAUAGGAGCCAAGAUUUAGUAUUUCCCUCCUUCUGUCCUAGUCCUGCUCACCCUAAGGAGCAUGCUUGGCAUACUCUGUAUGUGCGUAGGGCACUUAGAUUGUAUAUUAAAAGAACCAAAACCUUUAGAAAGACGGAUUCCCUUUUUGUUUCCUUUCAGCCAUCUUCCCUAGGGACCAAGGCGUACAAGGUUUCCGUGGGUCGAUGGAUCAGAGCUGCCAUAUCGUUGGCUUAUGAGUCUCUUCACCUACCUGUUCCUCGUGACAUUUCUGCCCAUUCCACUCGCAGAGCCAGCACUUCUGCGGCCUUUUCAGCUCGUGCCCCCUUGGAAGAAAUUUGCAAGGUGGCAACUUGGGCAUCAGUGUCUCCCUUCAUUAGGCAUUACAAGAUUCCGUCUUUUCACGCUGCUCAAGCAGCAAUAGGAAGGACGGUAUUGCAACAGGUUGUCUAAUCAUUCUCUCCCACCCUUGGGAUUGCUUUGGUACGUCCCGUCACAUUAGGAUGCCCUCCCCAUACCAAGGAAAAAGAAACAUUGGUAGACUUACCGUGAAGGGUUCUUUUUCUGGGUAUGGGGAGGGCAUCCGGCCCACCUGCGAAUGUUUACGACGGAUAUGCAGGGAGGUGGGGCGACUCCCAGGGUUGCUUAGUUCUUUGCUGUCACUGUUUACUGUACAACUUCAUCCCUUGUGGACUAUUUUUUCUCUCCUUGCUCUCUGUAUUUUCUGUGCUCAACAGUCCUGGAACUGGGGAUGAGUGACAGCUGUAUGGAUACAUAUGAUCGACCUGAAAUUUGAUUGGUCCUGUCUCAGAGCAUGCAGAGCUUGAUAACCCGUCACGUUAGGAUGCCCUCCCCAUACCCAGAAAAAGAACCCUUCACGGGACCAGACUUUGCUGGGCUGUCACAGUUAUUGGUAUCUCUCCAAAGGGCUGUUACUUGGAUGCUGGAUUUAUUAGAAGGCCUUCCUGAGAGAGAGAAGGCAGAGUACCUGGAUGUCUCAGCUUAUUGCGUGUCCAGGUUGGCCUACAGCUUCUACUGUCAGAAGAUGUAUGUGGAGUCGAACUCUAUAGCAGAGCUCUUUAGCAGAAGGCUGGUCGAGGAGGAGCUCUUCAAAUACCCAGAACUACCUACAGAAAAGCUGCACAAUUGCUUUAAACUGCAAGUGGAAAACUGCAGGAAGCUGGGCAGGUUAGAGGAGGCUCUCAAGACCGUGGUGUUCUGGCUGGUUGCUCAGCGCAGUGAUAUCGUAGAGCAGAUGACGGAGCCUGUCUCGUCCUGGGUCAAAAUCAAAAUGGAUGCCCACAAAAAUGGAGCUGAUGACCUGAGACUAAAGACUCUGAAGGAGGGCCUGGGAAGCUACAGCUUAGCUCCUGAGAUCCUCAUGAAAUUGCUCUUGGAAGAACUGAAGGCUUAUAAGGCUAUGCGAGUAGACACUGGCCAAGAGCGCUUCAAUGUGAUUUGUGACCUGCUGGAGAUAUGCUCUGAAGGCAGCAGUUGGACACAUGAGCGGGCUGUGGUCCUGAUAGAACUGGCACAGGUUCUGUGUUACCAUGACUAUAAUGAGCAGACAGAAUGCUCUGCACUGGACUCCAUACAUGAAGCCCUGAGGCUGUUGGACUCUGUGCCAAAGACUUCUCGGAAUGAGGAGCAGCUCCAGGAUGACAAGGCCCAAGCCCUGCUCUGGCUUUACAUCUGCACCAUUGAGGACAAAAUGCAUGAGAGCAUCCAGCAAGAGCAGAGGAUCCAAAACAUACAUGCUCGGGGACAAAAGACUGUGGAAGCCCUUGAAGGCUUUGAGACCAAUGAUCUUGGCUAUGAAGAGAAGUCCCAGGAUGACAAGUUCUUGUAUCUUGGCAUUGCGUUUAACCUGUCUGCAGAUUCUGUGCAGUCGAAGUGCUUGGAUGAUGCCCUUGCCUUGUGGAAGCAGCUCCUCUCCAAGAGUGGGAUCCCAGCUGUGCGGAGUAUUGAGCAGACAAAAGCAUCUCUGAACAUCAUAGCAGCUCUAUACAGAAUGAUGGGAAAGCCAUUACAGGCCAUAGAGAGCUAUUUCCUGAUCACAACUCUCUCUGGUGCCCUUGAAGACUCCAUUGGGAUGAUCAAUGCCCUAUGCCAAAUUGCCAGACUACUUCUCCUGCUGCAGUGUCCCAGUUAUGCUGAGAACACCUUAAAAGAAGCUGAAUCCUGCUUGCAAAACAUUGAUGGAAGUAAUGACUCCUGCCUGCUGAUGAAUCAAAUGCUAAAUGUGCUCCGUAGCAAACUGUGCUUGGCAAACCACCAGGUUGAGGAAGGCCUUGACCUACUACUAAAAGUCCUGCAAAACCCAGCUUUGCAAAAGCCAUCGAAGGCCUGGUACCUCCUUCGAGCCAACGCUCUCCAGUUAACAGCAGCUUAUCUUGGUCUACCGCCUUCCAGCCUACCACUAGCACUCAGGCAAAAACUCAGAGCUCAAGGAUGGAAGACCCCUGAAAUGGCUCUGAGUGAUGCACACAAACUCUACCGCAGCAUCCUCUUGAACUUCUUGCUGAUUAGCAGUGGCACGUCUGCUAAAGAUGUUCCAGAGCAUCACUUUGUAGACCAUGGUGACAACCUAGUACAGAAGUGGCAGGUGCUGGCCGACAUGUUUGUUUGCUCAGAGAAGUUUGUCUCCCUCCUUGGCAAGAUAGAGACUGUAAGUGAGGCAAAAGCUUUCUGCCUAGAAGCUCUCAAGAUCUCCAUGAAGCUGCAGUCAAUCCGAUGGUGUGCUCGCUUCCUGGUCUUGAAGAGUGAACUGGAGCUGAAGCGCAGCGAUCUGGAGCUGUGUCACUCAGACCUUGAACAGGUCCUGUUUCUCCUCGAGUCUGGCACUGUGUUUGAAACAAAAGGGGAAACCAAUAAUGUGAAAAUCAAGCCCAAGAAAGGUGGAUCUAGGCCCAAGAAGCCCCCAGGUCUGUGCUUGGAGCCCUUUGAAGAAGAGCAGACUUUCUUGAGAGAGGUCUCCUUCGAAUUUGUCGACACAGUCUCUGCGCAGAAGGAGGCUCCUCUGACCACCUCACCAGUGCUGAAGCCAAAGCUGAAGAAGCAGCCCAUCUUUCUGACUCAUCCAGAGGCAUGCCACUGCUCACUUUGCUCAGAUGUGGCCCUCUCAGUGGUCUGCCUCUGCUGGCUGGUUGUCUCUGCGGAGGGGGAGCUGGCUCAUGGCAACAGGCUGGAAGGGCUGCGUCUCCUUGAAGCCGGUCUGAAACAAUGUGCCACAGUAAGUCUGCGUAUCUCCAACAUGCUGGCCUGCAUUUCUCAAGGCAAUGGAAAGAAGGCUGGAGUCCAGCAUCAGCCCACAGUUGGGCUCCUUGAUGAUCUGGUGGCCGAUAUCUAUGUGGCCCUGGCAAAACAAAGCAUGAGCACAAGUCAACCAGAGAAGAAACUAUGGAAGCUGUUGGAGGCUGGGUUGACCUUGCUCUGCUCCAAGGGGCCUCAGCUGCCUGGAUUCAAAUACCAAAGGGCCAGCCUGCUGCUUACCAAAGCUGUAGCCGCCAUCUCUGUCUUAGCUUCCCAUCAUGGUGGCUGCACUUCAAGCAUUUUUUCUAGGGCUUGGUCCUGGAAAUUGCCCUUGUCUCUCCAUGGGAACCCAGAAAACCAGCCAGCAGCAGAGAAGACACUCGGUGCACUUCCUACACAAACCCUGAAAAGUAAAACUCUGAGACAGCCAGUGGCAGCCCAGAAAGCAAAACCCAAGAGAAUCCAAGGAGCCAAGUCACUGCUUGCGGUCAACCCCAGUGACCCAUUUGCCCUGGUGGACUCUGAUUCAGAGGCUCCUCCAGUUGUUAGGCUACCUAUAGAACACUGUACCCCAGCACAGAAACCCCGUCAGACUGCUAAGACAAGCCGGUCUUCGGCAGCCAAGCCAACCCUCACUCUCAAGGCUCCAUUUGUGGUCUUUGAGGAAUCUUCUCCGAGGCUGAAGGUUGAGCUUCCAAAGGCUCCCAAAGUGUCCAAGAGAAUGAAGUCUCGUCUUAAGGCCCACUUCAGUGAUGACAGUGACCCUGAAGAUCUUCCAGAAACUGCACAGGACCCCAAGUUCCCUGUGGCCAAAGAACUAGUUGCUGCCACUUGCAGGCCAGGGCAGAGGCCUGCCUCCAGCAGAAAGCAAUCUAAGAUGAGCCUUGCCAAAAUGGAGGGGUGCAGUACCAGCUCUUCGUGUGACUGCUCCCAAACUGCAAAGACAAAACCACAACAUGGAAGGCCAUGUGGCAAGAGAGCCACUAGGCGUGGAAAACAGCAAGACGACAGCCAGGAACCUCCUUGUGAGGAGAGAACUCUAAAAGCUAAGAAUGCGCAGGAAGAAGAAGAAAAGGAGGUUCUGAGGACCAUUAAGGAGGGGCUUGAGGCCAGCUUUGAGGUCUUGCGAGGCUCUGAGGAGGAGGCGAUGGCAGUUAAAGGAAACAGAAAGCGGCCUACCCCUAGGUCAAAGGGCACGGAAGAGGACCAAGAGGUUCUCCGGCGAGAUAUUGGCAGUGACUUGCGGGAGACUUUCCUGACUGCAGAGAACAGAGGCUCCAAGGAUCCUUUUGACCUGCAUGCUCUUGCGUCUUCUCUGGACACAGAUUCUACCACCUUAUCCAUGGACUCGGUCUACAACUUGCUGCAAGCUGCCUUCUACUUGAUUAGUCAUUACCCAUCUGGUGCCCUCUACCGCCAUAUCUGCCACCUCAUGGCAUUGUGCAUUGGAAACCGGGACCCCCUUGCUACUGCCUACUUGGUUUCAGAGUCUGUUUCUGUCACUCUCCGUCAUCAGAUGAUGAGCACCAUGCACAAGAGACUCAACAAAAUGAAAAAGGCAUCGGUGGCGAAUGCAGCCAAACAACUGGAGGCACUUAACCUGCAAGAAGGAAAUGCUGGUUCUCUGCUCCAGCAUCUCUCUGAGCUAGAGAAGCUCUUUGAGUUCAGCUGUCCCAGCACAACCGAGUUGGAGACAAGGAACUUCAGAGAACAGCUGCAACAAAUCCCCUGUGGGGUAACUGUGUGCGUGUUGACCUUGGUGAGCAUCCAGCCGGGUGCUGUUGGGGACACCCUCCUGCUGACACGGCUGGAGAAGGAUGCCACCCCAGUGACCAUCCUAAUACAGACCAUAUGCUCCAAGGUGCCCUUAAGCGCGGUGCUUGGUGAGUUGGCUGCCAUCCUGCAGAAACAGAAAGAGAUCUCUAACCUCACAGAAAAGGAGGACUGGUGGCUUGGCCGGAUUGCGUUGGAUAAGAGAAUGAAGGCGUUGACAGAGUCCCUGGAGACAGAUGUGCUGGGCUGCUGGAGGGGCGCCCUGUUGCCAGCCUAUGAGGACCGGAGCUUGGCACAGGAAGCCUCCCACCUUCAGACGUGUCUCAGGGAGUGUGGCUGUGAGCGGGUGGAGCUGGCACUGCUCAAGGCUAUGCUAACUGGCUCACAUCUCUUGACCCAACAAGAUGUGCAGUGCCUGGCUUGGGGGCUCAACCUGGCUGAACCCAAGAGAGCCCAGCACCUUCUGCAGGAGGCAGUGGACAAACUGGGGUCCCACACUGGUCAGGCAUCGCGUGGCCAUUUGGUCCUCGUGCUGGAUAAGCACCUGCAGAAGCUCCCCUGGGAAAACAUACCAUGUCUGAGAAGCCAGUCAGUGACUCGUUUGCCAUCUCUGCAUUUCCUGCUCAGCUCCUUGCUUACAAAAAAGUAUCAGAAAGAGACUAUCCUGAACCAGGGUGUCAAUGUUAGCAGCACCUUCUAUGUCCUGAACCCACACAGAAACCUCUCUGGGACCGAGAAGAUGUUCAAAGACUGGUUUCAGAGUGAGCCUGGCUGGACAGGAGUAGUGGGAGAGACCCCCAGUGCAGACCAAGUAUCACUGGCUCUCGAAGAACGUGAUCUCUACAUUUAUGCUGGACAUGGUGCAGGUGCCCGUUUUGUGGACUCUAUCCUUAAAGUAUACUGCAGGGCUGUGGCUCUUCUCUUCGGCUGCAGCAGCGGUGCUCUAGCAGUGCAGGGCAACCUGGAGGGCACGGGCAUUAUCCUCAAAUUCAUCAUGGCAGGAUGUCCCCUAGUGCUGGGUAACCUCUGGGAUGUGACUGACCGAGAUAUUGAUCGCUACAUGGAAGCACUACUGAAGAACUGGCUGAAAGCAGGAUCUGGAGCCCCUUUUCUCCAAUAUGUCAUACAAUCCCGCCAGGCUCCCAGGCUCAGAUAUAUGAUUGGUGCAGCCCCCAUAGUCUAUGGUUUACCAGUCUCUCUGCAGUAGAUAACUUGGAAGGAUUUGGGGUGGGGAGAAUUCUGAAAGGACUUGAAUGAAUUUUUCCUUAUGCUUGAAACUGCCUUGAAUGGGACCUUCUCUUGGAGGAUGCAUAUUUGGCAUAAGCAAGCCAGCUUGAUCACCCAUUUCUUCCUUGCUUUCUCUUCAGGGGACAGCUUGUGUUGUCUUUUAUAGGGGAUGUUCUUAAUUUAAGCUGCUGUUGUUGGAAUAUGUAACAUUUGCACAAUGUAUAAAUUGCUUUCUUGGAGAUGAAUUAUUCUUAAUCUAUUUGUAUUUUAAUGUUUAAAAUCCUGAAUAAAGGUUAAAGCUAAA